AACUUGGACAACACCUUCAACUAUCGAUAAUACGGUUAUUAGAAGGGGCAUGUUCUAUUGAUCACGUGAGGAAUAUCUUCAAACUGUUAACAAUUGGCAAUCUACGAAUCCAUCGAUAUUAGGAACGUCAAGCGCUGUUGUUAUCCUCGUCUCUCGUCAGGUCACUCAACCUGCAUCUCCCUCUUGCCCCCCAUUCCGCCCUCAUGCUGGUUAUCCCUCGACCCGAACCGUUUCGCCCUCCUCCAGACUCUGUUAUUACUAGCCUACAACAAAGAGAACUCGAUUUCAAGCAGCACACUCGAGAAACGCAACUUCACCCCGUCGUUCUAUGUACUUCAACGCCCCUUCGUCGCCCGGACCGGGGCAGCAGCCUUGGGGACGCGCUCCUCACCAGGUACUCGGUGGGGUGGGCAUUCCAGGCGCACCAGGAUCCAUCGGCGUCGUCCCACCCACACCAUCCCCCGGAACUGGCUUCAUCGGCGUACCAGGACCAGGGAUACAACCGUACGGCCAGCCCCCGCCUCAAUCUUCCAUGCAUCACUCCCAUCACCCCCAUCAACAUCAACACUCCCUCCCCCAUCAUCAACACCAUGCGUCGCUCAGCCAGCAGCAGGCUUGGGGCAGUCCGACAAACCAGCAUACCAUGUCAGGAGGUGUCGCAGUGGGGAUGGGUUUGCAGGGAGGAGCGGCUGGUACAGGAGGUGGCAUUGCGAGCAUGAAUGCCCAAACGCAGUUGAGGCCGCAGUCGCCUGGAGAGCUGACGAAGAAUUGGCAAGAACAGCUUCGAGUUGGUCACAUGUGUCGAAUUGCGUCUGCUCCUCAUCACCGCGCACGCCAGUCCGCCUUCACACAGCGGGCCGUCGCCAAAUCCGCCAUCCCAAUCACCGACCCCAAUGCACCCCGCCCUCCAUCCACCAACGGCAUCGCUCCAUUCCCGUCCUCCUCCUCUGGCCAAGGUGCCGCCCUUACCAACGGCACCAGCGGUCAUCAUCAACAGAACAGUUCCAUCUCAUCCCUCUCCUCCAUCGACCCCAAUGCGAAGAACCCACCCAGUGUCAGUCAUACGCCUCAAUUGCAAGCUGUCAACGGUGUCAACAGUGCCGCGCUCAAAGACAAUGCUGAGGGUCCGCCAGCAGCGUCUGCCAAGCAGCAGGACACAAACCCAUGGACGACGCUCGACAUGGGUGGGAUGCAGCUCAAAUCCGUCUCUCCCCGCCUCUACACGUUCACGUACCUCAAGACCCUGUACAUGAACCACAACCGCCUCACCACUCUCCCGCCAGCGAUCGGAGCGCUCAAGCAAUUGGUGCACCUCGAUCUGACCUCCAAUCAGCUCAUCACCCUCCCUCCCGAGAUUGGUCAGCUUACGUCACUGAAGGAGCUAAUGCUGUUCGACAACAACCUCACCGCGUUACCGGAUGAGAUGGGUACCCUGCACCAACUAGAGUUCCUGGGCAUUGAUGGCAACCCGCUUCCUGCGGAGAUCAGGCAAACGCUCCAGAAGGACGGUUGCGCUGCCGUCAUCGCAAUGCUUCGUGAUACGGCGCCUAUCCCUCCUGCGCCCGCAGAGCGACCCUGGCGAGACCUCAUGCUACCCGGAGAUGCAGUAGACGGCGAGACCUUUACUGUAGUCAACUACAAUAUCCUCUGCGAGCGGUACGCGCCGCAGUCUUUGUAUGGCUACACUCCUGCGUGGGCGCUGCGCUGGGACUACCGGCGGCAGCUGGUUCUGGACGAGAUCACCAAUCUCAAUGCGGAAUUGGUGUGCCUUCAGGAAGUGGAUGUCCAGACGUUCGAAGAGUACUUCGUCCCGAAGCUCGCAGAUCUAGGAUAUGAAGGGUUCCUCUGGCCAAAGAGCCGCGCGAGAACGAUGGCGAAAGACGAUGCUCGGCGUGUCGAUGGAUGCGCGAUCUUCUACCGCCAGGAAGUCUUCCAGCUCAUCGAGAAGCAGCUACUAGACUUCCAGGCCAUCGCCGUUCAGCGGCCCGACUUCAAGAAGACAGAUGACCUGUUCACGCGCAUGCUCACCAAGGACCACAUUGGUGUUGUCGCUCUGCUCGAGAACAGGAAGACUGGGUCGCGCCUCGUCCUCGCCAACUGUCACUUGCAUUGGGACCCUGAGCUGCGUGACGUCAAACUCGUCCAAGCUUCGUUGCUCAUGGAAGAAGUCGACAAGAUCGCCGAUCGGUUUGCCAAGCUCCCACCCAGAAUUAAUGUCGUCCCCGAGUCGGUCCCCCUGCCGAAAGGCACGCCCAGUCCUGGUCCAGAAGGCGACAGUGUCUCGACGGCAAGUGCAUCCGAGAAAGUCAAUGGUAUGGAAACAACGGAGACAAGCUUGACCGAGCCCUCUCCUGCUGCUUCCGCGCCCUCGCUGCCCUCGCCUGUCAAGAAGUAUCUUACUUUGCCUGGUGGCCUGAAGGGCAUGCCUCUGGGCCCGUCAUACCCGGAUGGCUCGAAGAUCCCCACCAUUAUAUGUGGUGAUUUCAACAGCAUCCCUGACUCUGGUGUCUACGAGUUCAUGUCAAGCGGUAUGGUCGCCCCUGACCAUCCUGAUUUCAUGACGUACGAGUACGGCACAUUCACUAGCAAGGGUCCCAAGCAUCGUCUGAAACUGCGCUCCGCCUAUGCCGACAUCCCGCAGCUGACCAUGACAAACUACACUCCGAACUUCGAGGGCAUCAUCGACUACAUUUGGUAUUCGACUGAUACGAUGGCUGUGAGGAGCGUACUGGGAGAGGUGGACCCUGCAUAUCUGGCAAAGUCGGUCGGAUUCCCGAACGCUCACUUCCCAUCCGACCAUCUGUGCCUCGCUGCUGAAUUCCGUCUCAGGGCAGCCCCUGCCUCCAGUUCCGCCCCGAAACCGAAGCCGGCCUUCUUCCCUAAUGGCAGGAACCACAUCAAUCGAGCAAGAGAACAGGACUGAGACCAGUCGAGACCUUUUCCUCCCGCUUUGCAUUAUUCUUUGCGUGAAUCCAUCGUCUCUAUGUGUCUGUACAACUCGUGUUGUCUCCUGUAGUUUGUGUUUUUCAUUCUUACUUUCAAUAUCAUCUUUUCUUUCUUACCCUUGAUUACUUCCGCAUCGUGUGGUGAGAGUCAAAGUUCUCUUUUCGUCUUGUUGCCGAGUGUGGUCUUCCUGCACUGGAGCUCAUUGUCUUCCUUUGAACUCACUGUCGGGCGCUUGUUUUGUCAUUCGCGUAAAU